AUGACUGAGUCCAGUUCGUCCUCGACGCCUACGGAAAUGAGCCCGCACGGUCCCCCACCAGACCGAGAGCUCUUCGCCAGCGUAUUGGCUCGUCGACAGAGGCCUCGCAUACUGCCCAUCCUAUCGGCUAGUUGCAGCUGUGGUGGUGCAGUGAGCCUCCUGCUCGGCCCCCGGUCGAAGACUGCAAUUCUCGAUGUCCUUGUCAUGACUGUUCGACGGUGGACCUCCAACUCGGGUAAGGUGUGCAUCUUCGACAGUUCCCUGGUGUUUGCCAUGCCCGAAGUCACUACUGAUGUUUCCAUCUACACAACGCCCUCUGCAGCGUCACUCCUCGCGGCGCUUCGUGACUUCCACAGUCAACAUCUCAAACGACCAACGACCACAGUUACAAUAGGCUGGAUGGUCAUCCUUGUAGACUGGACUUCUCUCAAAGUUGAGUUCGAGCCCUUGGGGGUCCUCAACCUGGCCCUGCGGUAUCUCGAUCAGCUAGCCCAGAGCUACGACUUCCCCCUGGUCUUCACUGGCUUGCCCAUGACUCUAAACGGGUGGAUCAUAUCGGAUAUAAAGUACCCCGAUCCCCGACCUUGGGUGGUUCCUGGACCUGCCGUUCGACAGUGUUUGGCACAGGGCCGACUAUGGCUAAGGCCGGCCU